AUAGAGCAUAUAGAACAAAUUUUUGUAAAAAUAAAAAUAUGGCUUUGGAUAGGGGGAAAAAGAAGAAAUUUACAGUUAUCGCGCUUACUACCAUCCUUUUGGUGGCAGCUGUUGUCGGCACCUUUGUCCAUACUCGAAAACUUAUUGAUGAAUCCAAACAAAGCAAGGCCAUUGAAAUCGAUACGCAAAAGGCUGGUGGCAAGAAAACCGCUAUUUUGAUUGCAGCAACGACUGUGAUCAUUUUGUGCAAAUACACCGAUUUCAGGGAUAUUUGUAGGCAGACAUUGGAUAGAAUAAGGGCCGGGUUGAGAGAACCAAGGGAUCUUAUAAAAGGAGGCUUUUUAGCUGCCGUGGAUAAUGUGCAAUUCGCGAUAGAAAGAUCAUACCCCCUUAGACAAGCCGCAAAGGAUCCUAGAGCCGCGGCGGCUUUGGACCAAUGUAAAGAGCUUCUCAAUACUUCCAUUGAAGAUCUCAAAAGAUCAAUUAACAGAGUGAAUCUAUUUGAUAUCACAAAGUUGAAAGAUAACACAGUUGAGCUUCGGGUUUGGCUUAGUGGUGCUGUUACCUAUCAAGAAACAUGUCUUGAUGCAUUUGAAAACACAACAGGGGAUUCUGGAUUGAUGAUGACAAAGUUGUUGGAAUUAGGACACAAGCUUACAAGAAACAGUCUUGCAAUGAUAGAUGGUGUCAUUGAGUUUCCCCAAACGACGACGACUCCUGAGUUAUCCCAUGAUGAUCCAAACUCACCUUAUCCUUCAUGGGCAGAUAGUUCAAGACGCGCCCUAAUUAACGUUAAUCCAGGGAACUUAAGGCCUAACGUCGUUGUGGCUCAAGAUGGGUCCGGUACUUUUAAGACCAUCAUGGAUGCCGUUCAUACAGCUCCCCAAAAGUCAGGCGAACCAUAUAUCAUACUUAUCAAGGCAGGUACUUACAAAGAAGAUGUCACGAUUCCUAGGCAUGUCGACAACGUUGUCUUGAUUGGAGAAGGUCCACUUAAAACCAGGAUCACCGGAAGCAAGAACUUCAUUGACGGAGUCUCUACUUACAAUACUGCUACCGUUGCGGUUAACGGGGAUGGCUUCAUGGCCAGAGACAUAGGAUUUGAGAACAGUGCAGGACCUGAAAAGCAUCAAGCAGUAGCAUUGCGUGUCUCAGCCGACAUGUCCAUUUUCCACAACUGUAUGAUGGAUGGUUUUCAGGAUACUCUUUACACCCAUUCAUAUCGACAAUUCUAUCGCCACUGCACCAUUACUGGAACAAUCGACUUCAUAUUUGGAAACGCUGCAGCCGUUUUCCAGGACUGCAAGAUGAUAGUCAGGAAGCCAAUGAGCAACCAAGGAUGUAUGGUCACAGCCCAAGGACGUAAAGACCAACAUUCCGUGGGUGGCCUUGUCCUUGAUGGCUGCACCAUCACCGCCGAGCCAGAGUUCAUGAACGCGGUCCCAAUGCCCAAAUCCUAUCUCGGACGUCCAUGGAAAGAAUUCUCUAGGACCAUCAUUAUGCAAUCAUUCAUUGACAAGAACAUUGACCCGGAAGGAUGGUCACCAUGGACCGGGACGUUUGGUCAAGACACGUGUUACUAUGCCGAAUUUAACAACAAAGGUCCGGGCGCAGACACUUCAAGGAGGGUCACAUGGAAAGGAAUUAAGAAAAUAUCUCCACAAGAGGCUCAGAGUUUUACUCCAGGAACUUACAUACAAGGGGAUACAUGGAUCAAACCAUCUAAUGUCCCAUAUGAUGCUGGAAUGAUGAAGAUCUAAAUCUCUUUGCUUGUAUAUACAUGUUUUUUUUU